CUUGCUUUCUUUCUUUCAUCAUCACCUCCCGCGUCCUUUUAUCCUUCCUCGUUCUCCACCUAACCGCUUCUUUGUUCUGGACCUGCGCCUUCAGCACCCGGCGCCGAUUGGUCCGCUACCCUCAGCUCGAGAGCUUCCCGCUUCAUUGUAUUCGUCGCGUCCUUGCGUGGCGAACCACCCGCGACAACAACCUACCUUCUUUGACCUGUUCAUCUGAUCUUCAUCCCGCUUUUCCGGUCGCAUUCCAUCCAACAAGCCUUUCCGUUGAGACCCUCGCGCCUGGUCGAGCUUCGUCUGCUUGCUGUUGUUCCCAUCGACAGCAGUCAUCGGGCAUGGCUCCGUAGCUGUCGAGGUCGUUUCCUUUCUUUCGCAACCGAAACAUUCAACUCCUCGACCGGUACUGCUUCGCUAUCGGUGAUAGGGAGGUAGGGGGUUUUUCUGGAGGGGGUUGGAGACGAGGAUUGAUUACCAUUAACGAUUAAAAGCCAGGCAUGCUUCUCCGGUUACCGCCCAGCCUCCAUUACCCGAUCACCGUCACGUCGCUGCUCAAACAGCCGGGCGAUGCGGUGGAACGGGAUGAGGCGUUGUUUUGGUAUGUCUACCAGACUACCGUCACGGAGGGUGAUGGGCUGGGGAAUAAGAUCGAGGUGAAGCGCAAGUUUCCGACCAAGUUUGAGUCGACGGUUGAUGGUGAGGUGGUACAAUGGAAGAUUGCUAAGGGUGAUGUUAUUGAUGAACCGGUGGAUGUUCUAGAGGUCGAUGAGCCAUGUGCCCAUGAGGUUCAGUUUGGCGGUCUCUGUGCUGAGUGUGGCAAGGAUAUGACUGAGUCGUCGUAUAAUACAGAGGUGGCUGAUGUGAUGCGCGCGCCGAUCCAGAUGGCCCAUGAUAAUACCGCCCUGACCGUCAGUGCUCGGGAAGCUACAAGAGUGGAGGAAGAUGCGAAGCGUCGUUUACUGUCGAACCGGAAACUCUCGCUUGUUGUCGAUCUGGACCAGACGAUUAUUCAUGCUACUGUUGACCCGACGGUGGGAGAGUGGAUGCAGGAUAAGGAGAACCCGAACUACCAAGCUCUGAGCGAUGUUCGUGCGUUUCAGCUGGUGGACGAUGGACCCGGCAUGCGUGGAUGUUGGUACUAUGUCAAAUUACGACCUGGGCUAGAGUCAUUUCUGCAGAAUGUCUCGGAGAUGUUUGAGCUGCAUAUUUACACCAUGGGAACGAGAGCCUAUGCGCAACAUAUCGCCAGUAUCAUAGAUCCAGAUCGCUCGCUCUUUGGGGACCGUAUUCUCAGCCGUGACGAGAGUGGUAGUCUGACGGCCAAGAACCUGCACCGGCUGUUUCCGGUGGACACCAAGAUGGUCGUCAUUAUCGACGACCGCGGGGACGUCUGGCGCUGGAGCCCCAAUCUCAUCAAGGUGUCGCCCUAUGACUUUUUCGUUGGCAUUGGGGACAUCAACUCGAGUUUCCUCCCCAAGAAGCAGGAGCUGGGGCCACCCAGCAAGCCUGGCGAGAAGCCGGCGCCCAAGCCAACGAAGGGUGCGCUGGAGGAGCACCACGUCAACGGGGCAACCGCGAAGACCGAUGAGCAGAGCGAGGUUUCGACAUUAGAGCAGCUGGUGACGAUGGGUGGUGGAGACAAUCCUCGACUAUUGCAGGAGCAGAGUGACGCGCAAGAGGAGACAAUUAUGCAUCAGGUGGAGGACCGGCCGUUGCUGCAGAAGCAGCGGGAGCUGGAUGCGGAGGAUGACGCGGCGGAGAGCAGCGAUACUUCCAGCAGUAUGGACGACUCGCAAGAUCUGAGCAAGCACCGGCAUCAUCUGUUGGAGGACAACGACCGGGAGCUGUUCGACUUGGAAGUGCGCCUGGAGCAGGUGCACCGGGACUUCUUUGACGAAUACGACCGAAGAAGGUCACGGGCGCUGGGCGGCCGCGUGGCAGCUCUCCGAGGCGAAAAGGUGCCGUCCAAGGAGAAGGAUGUGGAUCUGAAACUGGUGCCCGACGUCAAGGACAUCAUGCCUCAUAUCAAGCGGCGCAUCCUCGGCGGCGUCGUUCUGGUAUUCUCUGGCGUGCUCCCGCUCGGCACGGAUACGCAGAAUGCCGAUAUCUCCCUCUGGGCGAAGAGCUUUGGCGUCGUCAUCGCAUCCAAGAUCAAUGUACGGACCACACAUCUUGUGGCCGGGCGCAACCGCACCGCCAAAGUGCGAGAAGCGACGCGAUAUCCCAAGAUCAAGAUUGUUACGACGCAAUGGCUCCUGGACUGUCUCAUCCAAUGGAAGCGACUGGCCGAGGAACCAUAUCUACUGCCGGUGCACCCUGACGACCGCGGGGAGCCGAUCUCGCCCGGAUCUAAAGAGUUGGCUGAGAGCUCGUGGCUUUCGUCCUCGGACGACGCCACCGGGGACUCUUUAGCGGAUGACGAGGAGGCAACCGAAGACAUCCUCAAGUCGGCAGGCAUGGAUCAAAUGUCGCCCAUUGGCUACGAUGAGGAGCAACAGGCGGCCGUGCAUGAGGAGCUCAAGGAGUUCCUGGGCAGUGACGACGAGAGUGAGAGUGACAGCGAUGUGUCGAUGGUAGACGAGAUGGGCGCCAGCAAGAAGCGAAAGCGUGAAGAUGGUGACGGGAGCGGGGACGAGGAGACGGACAGUGCCGGCGAGGAGGGCGACGUGCCCGGCUCACGGCUGGCGCAGCGGAUCAAACGGUCGUACGAGCGGAGUACCGGACUCAAGGAGAUGGCCAGCGCAGGGACCGAGGCAUCGACAGCUGCAUCCACAACGCCAGACGAGCCAGACGAGGCGUCCGCGCUGCAGGGCCCGGCGGAGAGCUCCCCGGUGGACCCGGCAGAGGUGGACCCGGCGGAGGAGGACGACGAGCUGGAGCGAGAGAUGCUGGCGGCGUUUGAGGACGGGGACUACAACUCGGAGGCGGAGGAGCAGAUUGCGAACGAGAAUGGAUAGGACAUGUAUCUGGUUGGAUUGGUGUGGAUCUUGGAUGUGAUCUUGGCAGUGUAAUUUAUUGGGGGCGUUACUGUCGAGCAUUUGCUUGUCGAAGUGAUGGCAUAGCGAGGGCGUUAGUAGCGCGAAAAAUGAUACAUUUACCAUGCAG